AUGGAGACACAGCUGGCGUCUCGGGUCCUUCAUUACAGCUGUACUCUAGUUGCCAGUCUUUACCUUGUGACAUGUGUUUUAUUCAAUCGUCCCCCGGUCAAGAAAAGAAAGAGUGCUCGCUUCAAGCGCCGAAUCCGACCCCGGGCUAUCUUGAUUGCCCUGAUUGUUUUCACCUAUGUCAGUCAAACCGUCUUGGACAUCGCCACCGAUGACUUCGACCGUUCCCAACCAUUUCUGGUACAUACGACCUCUCAGGUCGUUGUCUGGUCUGCGUUGUGGCUGCGACAACAGAGACCGUACAAGUACGAAGUGGCUGGAGCCUCGCUCGUCACCGCUGGUUUCGAGGCACCACUCCUUGCGCUCUCCUUGUGUCUCAAACCAACACGAUGGGCACCAAUCACGCAGAUUUCCAUUUCUGCAGUUCGACUAGCCUUGCUUGUCUGCGUGGUGAGUGUGAUUCUCCUUCAAAACAGACAGACGACGAAGAAGACCUCGGACGAGGCUCGCCCCUUCCUCAACGGCAACCGGACGGGAUACGGUGCACUGGACGGCAACCACUCGGACAACAGCAGCUUGGAUUCCGAGAGUGGGAGCGAGUCGGACACCGGCACAAAGAAAAACGAUGCAGCCGCGCGCAAGAAACGGCUCCGCAAUGAGCAACUGCAAACACUGGGUGGUUGGUGGGAGUAUCUGAAAGGGUUUGCGAUCUUUUUACCCUACUUGGUACCGAGGAAUAAUCGCAAAGUCCAGUUUUGCAUUGCUGUCAGCAUCUUCUGUUUAUCAUGUCACCGAGUGCUGAACAUCCUCAUCCCUCAGCAACUGGCGGAUGUCACUGACAGCAUCUUCGCGCACAAGACCCCGUAUACCUCGCUAGGAAAGUGGGCGCUGUUACAGCUCAUCCGCGGCGGAGCUGGGCUGGGCCUGAUCGAAUCCCUCGUCAAGAUUCCAAUCCGACAAUUCUCCUACCGGCAGAUCACCAACGCUGCCUUCAGCCAUGUCAUGGGCUUAUCAAUGGACUUUCAUAUCGAAAAUGACUCGGCAGAAGUUAUGAAAUCCAUCGACCAAGGUGCAGCACUGAAUAAUCUGCUGGAAGCUGCUAUUCUAGACAUCGCCCCGACACUAGCCGAUUUAUGCAUCGCUUGUGUUGUUUUCUACUUGAAGUUCAACGCCUACGCCUCCCUGUUGGUCGUGGUGGUUGCCAUUCUAUAUGUGUCAGUGGAGGUCUAUACCUCUAACUGGAGCAUGGAGUCUAGACGGGAACUCACGCAAGCGCAACGAACCGAAGCCCGCAUAAUGCAUCAGGCCGUACAAGGCUGGCAGACAGUCACAUACUUCAACCAGUUCGCGUAUGAGCGAUCCCGCUUCGGCGAAGCAGUUGACCUAUGUCUAGAUGCCAGUGCCCGGUUUAACCGACGCCGCGCAGUUGGCAGGUCGUUCAUGGAUAUGCUUAAGCCGAUUUGCUUCGUUGGCCUCUCGUCGCUAAUUGUGCAUGAGAUCUCCCUAGGGCGCGCCUCAACGGGAGACUUCGUUUUCUUUAUCCAGUACUGGUCCUCGCUGAUCUCGCCAUUGGCUUAUCUCUCCGCGCGGUAUCGCUGGCUCGUCUCGGAUCUAGUUGACGCAGAGCGUUUACUCUUCCUAUUCCAAUCGAAGCCCAGCGUCACAGACAGGGAGAAUGCCGUGCCAUUGAAAGCCUGCGACGGGCGUGUUACAUUCCAUCAUGUGAAUUUCGCAUACGAUGCUCGCUUACAGACUCUAAAGGACGUGGAUAUCUCCAUUGAUCCCGGUACUACGGUCGCACUAGUGGGAAUGACUGGUUCAGGAAAGACAACAAUGCUCAGACUUCUCCUCCGGCUUUACGAUGUGACUUCAGGCCAUAUCGAGAUCGACGGCCAGGAUAUUCGUGAUGUCACUCUCAGCUCGUUACGCCAGGCCAUCGGCGUCGUACCACAAGAUCCGGUCCUGUUCAACGCCUCGAUAAUCGAGAAUCUGCGGUAUGCCCGGCCAUCAGCCACGGACGAAGAGGUCCACGAAGCUUGCCGAGCCGCGGCUAUUCACGAGAAGAUCCUGACUUUCGUCGACGGAUACGACACCACCGUGGGUGAGCAGGGUGUUAAGUUAUCUGGUGGUGAGCUACAGCGGAUAGCCAUUGCUCGAGUUUUCUUGAAAAAAUCGCCGAUUCUCUUGCUGGAUGAAGCGACAAGUGCGGUGGACUCGAGCACGGAGUCGGAUAUUCAGACUGCGUUGGACCGACUGAGAGCCCAGCGCACUACCUUUGUCAUUGCGCAUCGACUUUCUACUAUCUCCAAUGCGGAUCGGAUUCUUGUUAUGCAUGGGGGUCAGAUUGUGGAGAGUGGGUCACAUACAGAGCUGCUGAAGAAGGAGGGUGGGAAGUAUCAAAACCUAUGGAGGAAUCAGUUCGGGGGUCUCAAAAAUGAAAAGCCUUCGCUUUAG